CGCUAUUGACCACUUUCACCAUUAUUUCAAAAUUUCUUCACUGAAAAACCCCUCUUUUUCUUCUAAAGAGUAAAAUAAUAGUAGUAUUAGUGUAAGCAGAGAUGUGGCCGAGUGCAGAAGGUGGGCCACCAGAGGUAACUCUAGAAACUUCCAUGGGUUCCAUUACACUUGAGAUGUAUUACAAGCAUGCCCCAAGAACGUGCCGGAAUUUCAUAGAGCUUGCUCGAAGAGGCUAUUAUGAUAAUGUCAAGUUUCACAGAAUUAUUAAGGAUUUUAUUGUUCAAGGUGGAGACCCCACUGGUACCGGAAGAGGCGGAGAAUCUAUCUAUGGCCAGAAGUUUGACGACGAGAUAAACCCACAGUUAAAGCAUACAGGAGCAGGUAUCAUAUCCAUGGCUAAUGCUGGGCCAAAUACAAAUGGAAGUCAAUUUUUCUUCACCUUGGCACCUGCACAGUCACUUGAUGGUAAACAUACUAUUUUUGGAAGAGUUUAUCGAGGAAUGGAAAUUGUCAAGAGACUUGGCAGUGUACAAACUGAUAAUACUGACAGACCAAUCCAUGAUGUGAAGAUAUUGAGGACUACAGUCAAAGAUUGAUAUUCUGCGACUUCAAAAAACAAUUUGUUACAUUAACUAGAGCAUGCAAGGGAAAGUUUCGUGAUUCUGUUGUCAUAACAGCCAGGAUAUAUCCUCUUCGGCUCUUGAUUCUGCUUUCUAAGUGAAAAAAUGAUCUAGCUCUGUAUGUGGUUGAUGUGGAUACUAGUUUUCUGCAACUGAACCAAAAUGAUAUUGGAGAAUCAGAAUUGCCUGAGAAGCCAAAUAGAACUGUAGUGUUUCAUGUUUUGUAAGCCUUACUCCAGAGAAAAGGAGAAGGGCGAAAACCAGUAGGUCCUCAAGAAGUAUCUUUUUAAUCCUCUUGCUAUUUUUAGUGUCAAUGGCACUCUUUCAACUGACCUUUUGAUAUCAAGAAGACACUUCCGUUAA